GUGUGGGGCCGGAAACUUGAGUCACGAAAUAAUAAGUCCUGGAUAGGAACAUACGUCACACUUCAACGAUUGACACUUCAAAAAGGCCGGAAGAUCCCAAACCCAAACGAUGGUCUCCAGAACCGUACAAAUACACAGCCUUGAUCCAGCCUCAUCUUCCUCCACAUCAUUCUUCAUUCAUCAGGGUAGAUUUGAUUCUUCGUGUUGUCCUUGCAACCACAACAGCUUUCCUUGUCAACCACAUAACUUUCAUUCUAGUUUGCUUGCUCAUCUCGAAAAAGGAAGAAAAAAAGUCCACCAUGAAGUUUUCUUUGGCAGCAGCUUUCCUGGCCUUGCCGCUGGCACACGGUUUCUCCUCAUUGGCAGGUUUGUCCUCCACCACCAGCAAGACAUCGAGUUCCCAGUUGCAUGCCGGUGUCGAACGAAAUCCCAACUUUGGCAAGCUUGCGGGAGGGUAUCUGUUCCCUGAAAUUGGACGUCGACGAAACAAGUACCUCGAAGAAAAUCCCGACAUGGCCGAUCGCAUCAUCAGUUUGGGAAUUGGUGACACCACACAACCCAUUCCGGAACAUAUUCUCAGUGGACUCGUCACUGGAGCGUCCCAACUUGGAACCAAGGAAGGAUACUCGGGAUAUGGAGCCGAAAAUGGACAAGCGCGUCUUCGAGAGAAAAUUGCCAGUACGCUCUAUAAUGAUCUCAUCUCCCCCGAUGAUGUCUUUGUCAGUGACGGAGCCAAGUGCGAUAUUAUGAGAUUGCAACAAAUGUUUGGAGCUGGAGUUACCAGUGCUGUCCAAGAUCCUUCGUAUCCCGUCUAUGUUGACACUUCGGUUAUGAUGGGACAAACUGGAACACAAAACUCGGAGACUAUGCAGUACGACAACAUCGUUUACAUGGCCUGCACCGCAGAGAAUGGCUUUUUCCCAGACUACGAAAAUGCUCCCCGAGCUGAUGUCGUCUAUCUCUGCAGCCCAAACAACCCCACUGGGGCAGCAGCAACACGAGAGCAACUAGAAGGGAUUGUCAAGCUGUGCAAGGAACGUGGAUCCAUUUUGGUGUUUGAUGCUGCAUAUGCUCCAUUUAUUCGCUCCGAGGGAGUGCCCAAGAGUAUUUUCGAGAUUGAAGGAGCCAAGGAAGUGGCCAUCGAAGUCAACAGUUUCUCCAAGUACGCCGGCUUCACAGGAGUUCGUCUAGGAUGGACUGUCGUGCCAUCGGAACUUACUUUCUCGGAUGGAACUCCCGUCCGCAAUGAUUUCAACCGUGUCAUGUCCACGGCGUUCAAUGGGGCAUCCAAUAUUGUACAGAACGGAGGUAUGGCAUGCCUAGACCCGGAAGGUUUGAAGGAAAUCAAUACCUUGAUUGACUAUUACCUCGAAAAUGCCAGCAUCCUUCGAGAAACAAUGGAAAGCAUCGGGUACAAAGUAUAUGGCGGUACUGAUGCUCCCUACGUCUUUGUCGAGCUCCCAGAGAGCCUCGGUGGAUCAUGGGAUGCAUUUAGCAUGAUUUUGGAAAAAGCGCAAGUGGUGACCAUCCCCGGCGCUGGUUUCGGUCCUGGUGGAGAAGGGUACUUGCGUUUGAGUGCGUUUGCGCCCAGAGAGUCAGUUGUCGAAGCAUGCGAUCGAUUGAAGAAAGCACUGGCAUAAGCGACAAAGAUAGAGGCGGUGGCGACAAUUAGUUUGCGGUUAUAUGUAUUACAUCUAGAUUGCUCUAUCGCACAUGCAGUAGUAGAUGGGAAGCUAGCUAGAGGGGCAAAAGACUUGCCCCACCAUCCGCUGGUACC